GAGUAGCGAGUCGCAGCCUUGAGAGUUGCAGCUGCUCCGUGCAGGAUGGUGUGAACUCUAAAGAGCGGGACAGGUUGUCUGGUUUCAUAGACUCUGGGAUCCUUCCGUGAUUUGUUGUAAUUAUUUUUAUAUCUUUAUAUCUAUGUGAGUGUCUCCACAACACUCAACUUCGACUUGACCCUGUCAUGGCUCAGGCGCCUCCAGCCCCGACGCAGCCGGUUGAAAUAGACCCGGAUUUCGAGCCGUUCUCCCGACCUCGGUCCUGCACCUGGCCGCUGCCCCGGCCGGAGUUCAUCGACCCGGCCAGCUCCAACACGUCGUCCCCGGCGCCGUCGGUGCAGCAGGAGCCGGGCGGAAACUCCGAGUUCAUCGGCAAUCUCAGCCUGUUAGAGGAGGACUACGAGGAGUACGCGGAGCAGAAACCGGUGCCCUGCGGCGAGUUUCAGUGUCGCGAGGAAAAGUGCGCGCAUCUGCAUCCCCACCAUCACCACCACCAUCAUCAUCAUCAUCAUCAUCAGCACCAUCUUCUGCAGCAGCAGCAGCAGCAGCUCCAGGGUCCGAAGCUGCCGCCUCAGCAACAGGUGCCUCCUCCCGGAGCCUCCGCUUUAGGCGGCUCCGUCCAGAGGAAGAGCAGCUCGUCCCGCCGCAACGCGUGGGGCAACAUGUCCUACGCGGACCUGAUCACCAAGGCCAUCGACAGCUCCCCCGACAAGAGGCUGACGCUGUCCCAGAUUUACGACUGGAUGGUGCAGAGCGUGCCGUACUUCAAGGAUAAAGGAGACAGCAACAGCUCCGCGGGCUGGAAGAACUCCAUCAGACACAACCUGUCCCUGCACAGCCGCUUUGUGCGCAUACAGAACGAGGGGACAGGAAAGAGCUCCUGGUGGAUGCUGAACCCAGAGGGGGGAAAGAAUGGGAAGUCACCGCGGCGCAGAGCCGCCUCCAUGGACAACAACAGCAAGUUCACCAAGAGCAGAGGAAGGGCCACAAAGAAGAAGGUGGCUUUACAAGAAGAGGUGGAGGGAGGAUCAGCAAGCCCCGGUCCCCACUACCCCAACUGGCUGGGAAGCCCGAACUCCCACGCUAACGAGGACUUUGAGGCGUGGAACUCGUUCAGGACACGCACCAGCUCCAACGCCAGCACUCUGAGUGGUCACCAUUCGCCCUUUCCGUCUGAGCAGGACGACCUCGGGGAGUCUGACGGACAUAUAAUGUACCCUGGCGCGUCCGGGGCGAAGAUGACCCCCACCUUACCCAGACUGUCCAAGGUGGCGGCGUCCAUGGGGCAGCAUGGUCCAGAGAACGUCAUGGAGAGUCUGCUGGAUAACUUGAACCUGCUGUCUCCUAAGAACCCACAUCUGGGCCCUGACUCCCCACAUUCCACAAAUACCGCCAUGCUUCCGAGUGCUCCCUACUGCUCAUCUGGCUUGUCCUCGCAUCCACAGCAGAACUACCAUAAGUGCUCGUAUGGCCAAAUAAGGCUCAACUCCCCUUCCCCUGCGCUCAUGCAAACGGUGCCAGAGACUAAGCUGAGCUUUGGGACUUAUGAGAACCAGUAUAUCUGCACUGCUGGCCUCCUCAAAGAGUUGCUGACCUCAGAGGCGGAUGCCAGCAGGGACAUGAUGGCCUUGAGGGAGACGCGGGUGCCUCAGGUUGGGAGGGGAGGCUCCCUAAUGGCCGCCUACAGCAGCAGCAUGGUGGGUCAUAAUGGAGUAGCACGGAUGAAGUCUCCUCAGAGUCACACAGUGCGUCACGUUAACCCACAAACUAUACGCAGUCAGGCUCCUUCAGCCUCACAAGACUUGAAUAGCUGUAACAUGAUCCCUCUGACUAGUAUGACUAGUCUUUCAGAGGCCUCUCCUCAAAUGACCGGCCUCAGAACCUGCAUGCAACUGCCCCAGGGCCUCACGCAGGCGAAGAGCGUCUCAGCGAGCUACAGCAGCAAAGGCUACAGGGAACUUAACUCGGUCCACCUGCAUGGUCAUCAUCAGGAGCGGCUGCCGAGCGACCUGGACAACAUGUCCAUCGAGAGGUUUGAAUGCGACAUGGAGUCGGUGAUCCACGACACGCUCAUGGACGGGGGGGCCCUGGACUUUAACUUUGACCCCGCAGCUGGGCCUCAUGGGUUCCCUCAGAGGGUGAAGACCAACACGCACAGCUGGGUGUCAGGCUGAAAGGCGUUGUGAUGGGAGAAACCAAUUUGUUUUUUGAUAUUAUAUGUACUAUUGAGCAUAUUCUAAAUGUUUUCUGUGAAUGUUUGUUAUUCACGGCCAUUUUCCAAACUGCUGUGUCAUCUUCUCUCCUUAAUGUAUAAAGAUGAAAGAUUAUUGUAAUUUACUAUAUAUAAGUGUUCUCACUCAAAAUGAUACCCUGAAUGUAAAUAUACAGUAUGUUUUUGCAUAUUUAUACUGAUCUGUGACAUAUUAUAACAGUAAUCAAGUUUUAAACUGUAAACAUAACUAAACUGUAAUUGACUUACUGUUUUAUACACUUCAAUUUUUCAGUCAAACAAACUAAUACUGAGUGUUCUGAUGUAGUGAUUAUAGGUUUGUGGAUCAACUUGCUUUGAUUUAGUAAACAGAACUGCUGUUAUUGUGGCUUUAGAGAAUUGAGCGUUACUUAUAUUUAUGAGAGCUGUUUCAGAACCUCUGAAUAUUCUAAUUAAUUCAUUUGGUGAUACAAAACUAUUAACAAAAAGUGACUGAAAUGAAAGUAAAUUGUUAACAUCUUGCUGACUUAAGUGGUUUGGAGCAGGUGAAGCAGGAAAAGGCUGAUGACGAGAUCCCAAACUGGAAAGGGAUACUGGUUUUUAGGUUUAGCUGCAGGACUCGUUGCCUUUUUCUAUCCACCAAACUGUUUUCUAAACGCAUUUCAUAGACCAUGUGCCAACUUUGCCACAUGGUCUUUGUACAUACGUGUUUUAGUGAAGUAGGGAUUGUACUGAAUGUUAUAUUCUGUAUAUUUUUUAUCUUUCCAUUUGUGUUUACACAUCUCAGCCCAGACGAUGUCAAAGAAUAAAUCAACAAUCAUACCUCAAAUAUAUACAGUUUUGUACAUAUAUUUUAUUAACUUUAAAACUACUUAUACUUGUGAGAGCUUGCUCAUUUGUUUCUUGUGCAUGAGACUCCAAACAGAAUGGUAUGUGAAUGCACCAAAAUGAAUUGUAAUUGUUUUUUUGUUGUAAAUUUUGAAAAACUUUCAUUUGUUCCAGCAAAACUUAAUUGAAGCAGACCAGUAAGCCAUUGUAUUGUUUUGUGGCAUAAAUAACUGGAGUAUUUAUUCAUCAUAGACAUAGACUGAAGUUAAAGAUGCCCUCAAUGUGAGAAUAUGAUGUAUUUUAUAUGUAAUGUUUGACAUUACAUUAAGAUUUUGUCACCCACUGCUGUAUGUGCAGGAAAUAUUUCCAGGAACGGCCUUAUUUUUAUCUUUGAGUGUGGAUUUUUAAGAAUAUGUUUUUUCUAUGCAUUCUAUUUAAUGUAUACAUGCUCUUGUACCAUUAAAAAAUGAAAACAG